AUGAGUAGCGGCACCGAAGAGAUCCAACACCUCACCGGCCGCGGGUUUUACCCAGCUCUCGAUUCCGAAGAACGCCUAUCCGGAGAUCAUACACCGAAAUCAUUUUUUCCAAGAAAUUACUCAAUGAAUCAGCUCGCCCGUCGCCCGCCGACGGCCACCGGUGCAUCUAGCGUUGGCGCCACUGUCGUCGACAGUCCGGACGCGACCGUUUUCAAAAUAGGCCCCCGCUGCGGUCCCCGUCUCGAAAAUAGCGACGGGGAAAAUUCGAAAAACUCUCGGCUGCUCCAACAUCUGCUGGAUUCGAGAAAAUCGGAUGUAACGUUUCUCGGGAAACGGACACGUGAUUCAUCCGGCACUUCGACAUUCGCGGUGACUCAACGCUUGGAGGAGAUUUUUUGCGAUCGUUCCUACUUCGAUAAAAUUGGUUUUAGUUCGCAGGAACGCGCCGAAACGGUCCAGUUCGCGUCGGUACCCAUCGUCAUCUGCACGCAGAAAAAUGGAAUUAUGGAAAAUGAAAAACGGGGCAACGUUAGAAAAAACAGCGCGACGGAAAGUGAUGUGCCUAUCGACGAUGCGAAGACUUCCCAAAAGCCCAGGAAGUUCAACACUAGCGGAGGUACCUGUUACGAGGUUUCCACGGCGAAAAAGGAAAAUCCGGCCGAUUUUCUCGAUCUAUCCCCGUUCUCAAAACGAUUCGCCCGGAGCGUCAGCGACAACUCAUCGUCUGUGGAAGAAUACACGUGCUCUCCACGUAGCACUGAAAGUGCACUCCAUGACUCUUUUGCCGAUUUGUCCCGCGAAUUGCUGGCUAGAGAAUCGAUGGACGUCAUCCUCAAAGAGGCGGAAUUGUGUCUCAAUAUCAAAUCACCAUCGGUUUCAAGCCAGGAGAGCGAUUCCUUCAGUGAACAUGGUGCUAGUGCUAAUUUUCAAAGUAUUUCAAGUGCCGGACCAUCUAAGUGCUCUUCGUCAGAAUCGAAAACAAAUUUGCCGACGGAAGACGACAAAUGUGAUAAUUCGGACGUGACUGCUACUGUUAACGUGGAUUCUGAUGCUGAAGGAACUGAUGUUGAAGUACCAUCGGAUCCGCUGGAGUGGUCUUCCGUUCACAUCGCAUCUUGGUUGGCCUGGUGUUCCCGGAAAUUCGGCCUGGCUCCCAAGCCGGAUCCAUGCCGGUUUCCAGGAUCCGGACAGGAACUCUGCGACUUGACGAUGCAGGACUUUGAAAACAACGCAGGUAGCGAGAGAAGCGGAAAAAUUCUUGCGAAGCACAUCGCUCACCUGAGGCAUAGUAUUUCUGGUAGAGCUAGCAGUCCUCUCAAUGUUGAAUGCAAGGUCUUUGAGGACUCUGAAGACGAAGAAGAAAAAGAUCCAUACCAUAUCCUGAACUCGGCCUCGUCCCGAUUGGUCGCCCAGGGCUCAGGACAGAUACAGCUGUGGCAGUUCUUGCUCGAGCUGCUCGGCGAUUCGUCGAACGCCGCUUGCAUCGCCUGGGAGGGCACCAAUGGCGAAUUCAAGCUCACCGAUCCGGACGAGGUGGCCAGGAGGUGGGGAGAGCGGAAGUCGAAGCCGAACAUGAAUUACGACAAGCUGAGCAGGGCGCUGAGGUACUACUAUGACAAGAAUAUAAUGUCAAAGGUCCACGGCAAACGUUACGCCUACAAAUUCGACUUUCACGGUCUCAUGGCAGCCUGCCAGACUCAGGGACAAGGCCAAACGGACGUCAUGCCAACGUAUCACAAGUACCAGCAGCACCAGAACGACCUGGGAGCGGCCCUGUACCCGUCAGCACCUCCAGCGCCCCCCAAACUUCCAAGCAUUCUCCCACCCACCACGCAGCACUCCCAGAGUGGAUUCUUCUCUCCCCCUAGCUACUGGCCAUACUCUCACGGAAGUUUCGACCCCAGGGGUCCGUUCACAUAAUCCGGACCUGGAUUCGGACAUCGGCACAAAAUGUUACAGUUUCCUACAACUGGUUCCACCGCGUAUCAUAUUCAACAAAACAGUAGCGAGAAUAAUAUGCUUUAUAUCGUGGAAAACUCGAGAUUUUCGCAGGGAUAUUCGAUGGACCAGUUGUAUGGAAGUCUCGGAAAACCUGAUGCAGAAAAUCGAACCGAGCGUCACUUAGGUAUCUUCCUCGGCGAUUUAUUUUGUAGUGAGGGUGCUGCAGAAAAGAACUGAGUGUUGAAUUUUUACUGUUACGAACGAUAGUUUUGUUUGAAUGUCGUUUUAGGCAUUUUAUUCGAGUUAUCAGUAAUAUUGAAUCAUAAGUGUAUUUUUGAGUAAUGAAUUACUGUCCCAGUUCCUUUUGGAAAUAGCUACGUGUUCACGAAUAACUCUGAAUUGGUGUGUGGCUCUCGAAUCUUCAUUUUCGAAAAAAAAUCAGAUUCAUGUUCAUUCAAAGUAAAAGUUUUUUUAGUAUUUUAUAUUUUAUAAAUAUAUUGAAAAACAGAAAAAUAUUCAUAAAACUUUCGAAGAAAGGGUCAUGAACUACAGUAGGUAUGAAUAGGGAAUUCUCCUUCUGACGAAAAUUAUGUAUUUUUUAUGAAAUAUCUUUGAAACGUCAUAUUUUGAAAUAACCAUUUCAACUGUUUCCCAAAAAAAAAUAUUUUUAGCACUUAAAA